UGGAUGAAAACUAUUAUUCCCAUCAGGCAAAGCGAAUCGUCGACCUUUCACGUCAGACUUCUGAACAUACGUGGCUUCUCCUGAAACUGGCAGCGUCUGGAGUGCACAAUGGAUUUGGAGGCUAUGACCAGAUACACGAGUCCGGUGAAUCCGGCCGUGUUUCCACACCUGACCGUCGUCCUGCUGGCCAUCGGAAUGUUUUUCACGGCAUGGUUCUUCGUUUAUGAGGUGACCUCUACAAAGUACACGCGGGACGUCUACAAGGAGCUGCUCAUUUCCCUGGUGGCGUCCCUCUUCAUGGGCUUCGGUGUGCUGUUUCUGCUCCUCUGGGUUGGCAUAUACGUCUGACGGUAACAGAGACAAGGUCAAAGACAAAGGCGAACAUUCCAGUGUGUCAGAAGUCGAACCGCAUCACCAUGGCACCACAGGCCAUCACCAUGGAAAUUGGGAUUGUAAUUGGACUUUGCACUGACAAGAGGGUGGAGAUGGGUGUGACAUGGUUGUGGGCAUUAGUGGGGCUCAAUGGCAUAGGGCUUUGGAUGGAUUCUAUUCAGAAAUAAAGAUUUUUGUUUAAAAAAUUACAAAAAAAAAAAAAAA